UCACACACCAACCGCCAAAAUGGAGAACGAAAAGGGAGAGAUUGUCGAUCUCUACGUCCCCCGCAAGUGCAGCGCCACCAACCGCAUCAUCAAGGCCAACGACCACGCCUCCGUCCAGCUCUCCGUUGGCAAGGUUGACGAGAACGGCCGCUACACCGGCGAGAACAACACCUACGCCCUCUGCGGUUUCAUCCGUGCUCGCGGUGAGAGCGAUGACUCCUUCAACCGCCUGACCCAGCGUGACGGUUACCUCAAGAACGUCUGGUCCGCCAACCGCCAGCGGUAAAUCAUGAUGAAUUUACGGGUGUGAGAAUUUCUGGGGCGGAUUUUGAUGGUGGGGGUUAACCACGAUGGAUCAAUGAUGUUUUUAUACCGUGUUUGUGGGGUUAAUAACAUCGGCCGAUAUGAUUAAGAAUUUCCUUAAAAAAAAAGCCCAUGAAUGAAAAGAAUUUCAUACAGUCAAUUAAUCAAAUCCAUCUUGGUUUUCCUUUCGUCGUCAAUUUUUUCCUCCAUGUCCCCGUGCCCAUGCCCAAAAUCUAUUGUAAUCCCCCCUGUACAUCCCCUCAUUGUCUUUCCUUUCCUCUCUUUUCCUCUUUUUUCCUCCCCAAAUCGGCCCAUCAAACCCGCCUCACCCGACGCCCUCCUCG